UAUUUAGAGGUAACCUGCAUGAUAUUUUAGCGACGCGCUUUCAUCAUGCCAAGCCCAAAUAUAAACGCCAGUCUCUCAUGGGCUGUCUUGUAUAUACUCUUAAUUUCAGCCAUACCCAAUUUUGUUCUUCGUUCAGAAGCUGAUCCCCAAAUUACAGAGGCCGGUCAUGGCUGUAGUCUUAUUAAUACUACAAACCCCAGCGCUUUGAUUGAAAACCGCAAAAAUGCUUUCUCCUUGCUCGCCGAAAACAUAUCUUCGACAGGCUUCGCUACGGCUUCAUCUGGGAAUGGCACAAAUAAGGUAUAUGGGCUUGCCCAAUGCAGAAACGACUUGUCAAUGGAGGACUGUACUCACUGUUAUACAGCGGCCACAGAACAGAUUGUGAAAUACUGUCCCUCUGAGAUUGGGGCACGUAUGAUUUUCGACGGGUGUUUUUUGCGUUAUGAGAAUUACACUUUCUUUGAUCAGGCACAGGAUGCCGGAAAUUCCAACGUGUGCAUCUCUGACGCCUCCUCAAGGCCUAAACUUUUCAGCGAAACUACACAGAGGCUGCUAGCUAAGGUCAGAUCCAAGGCUCUCAAAAACGAGGGUUUUGCCACUGAUGAAAUCAGUGCCAAUGGAUUAUCGACGGCCAUUUAUGGACUGGCUAUGUGCAGGCGGACUCUUACCACCAAUAGCUGUGACGUUUGUCUUCAGCACGCUACCCUGCUCGCAGAACGCUGCUUUUCACUGCAGGAUGGAAGGGGUCUCGACGCCGGCUGUUAUUUGCGUUACUCUACCCUUCCUUUUUACAUCAUUUCCUCUUCUUCCUCAAGCCCUUCGAAGACUGUGAUCAUAUUGGUGGGAACAUUGGGAGCUGCAGCUCUCAUUGCAGUAUUGUGGGUGUUGUUUAUGUUCAGGCACUCUUUACGAAAGUUAUACACUAAAGUCCCCGGCCGCAGCCAGCAUGAACAAGCAGAGGUAUAUUUUGCUGCGGAGGAAGACAAUAAGUGGGGUCAUUUAUUUACCUACGAUUCCCUUCGAGCUGCAACUAAAAACUUCGAUUCAAUUAUGAAAAUCGGGGAAGGAGGAUUUGGACAAGUUUAUAAGGGAAUAUUUAGCGAUGGCCGGGAGAUUGCAGUGAAGAAGCUUUUCGUAAAGCAGUCGGCGAGAGCGUUCGACGAAUUUGUAACAGAAGUGAAGCUCAUCAGUGCUGCUCGUCACCGUAAUCUUGUUCGUUUGCUUGGUUGUUGCACACGAGGACUAGAGAAACUACUGGUUUACGAAUUGGUGCCAAAUAUGAGCCUUGACAAACAUCUCUUCGCGAAUACGGCGAAACCGCUAAGCUGGAAAACACGAUUUGAGAUCAUUUUGGGAACGGCACAUGGACUUGCAUAUUUAAACGAAGAAUGCUGGCUUAGAAUCUUGCACAGGGAUAUCAAAGCUGCCAACAUACUUCUGGAUAAUGAGUUUCAAGCCAAAAUUGCAGAUUUUGGACUGGCAAAGCUCUUUCCAGACGACAUGACACAUCUUACCACUAGAGUCGGUGGUACAGUAGGGUAUACUGCACCAGAAUAUGCUGUUCACGGUCAGCUGACAGAUAAGGCAGAUGUGUACAGCUAUGGCAUGCUAGUUCUCGAAAUUGUGAGCGGAAGAAAGUAUAUUGAUUCUAAACUUCCACCACCGAUGGAACUCCUUUUAGGAUGGGCAUGGAACCUAUACGAGAAAAAUGAGGUAUUUAGAAUGGUGGACCGAAGAUUAAUUGAAGAGCCGGUGUUGAAUAAACAAGAGAUAUUAAAGGUAAUCCAGAUUGCUUUUCUUUGCACGCAAGGUGAACCUGAGUUGAGGCCAUUAAUGUCCAAAGUGGUGUCGAUGCUAACAAGCAGUACAGAGAUUUUGACUCAGCCCACUCGGCCGGCUUUUAUUGACGACAACUCCACAUCAAACGGACUCGAUUCAGCUGAUGUUGGGUGGAUGGUUGCUUCAACGGUAGCAUCAUCGCGAGCCACCGUAUCCAUCUCUCUCGAAGCACGCUAAGUCCAGCAAUAUGGGCCCUCUCUAUCUCUCUCUCUGUCUUAAGGAUAUCCAAAUGAACUUUGAUUUCAAUCGAAGUGACAGCCACUUUUAACCUAUGUUUUUCCGCUUGUUGUAGUUCUUUUCGCCUUUGUGGUUGUUAGUCAGUCCCUCUGGGUAUGCAUUUUGAGUUUAAAGUUGUUCUUUCCAGGUAGUGGAUAAAAUGCUAUUGCCCUAUAUUUAGUCUUUCGCUAUCUGUACAAUGUCUUUGAUAAAUUUAUAAUAUAAAUGGUUGAUUGUUUUGUUUGAA